ACAUUCAUACAGGUAGCUUGUUCUACAGAAGUUGUCAAAAUAACAAGCUGUGUAUAAAGGGUGUAUCCUCACAAAUUUAUCACAUUUUGUAUUAUGGAUUUCAAAGAAUGGAUUUAGUAUGAUAAAGUUUGAAUGAAAUAGAUUGUGUUGGAUAUAUUCUUGCAUAUUUGUAGACAGCAAUACGUAACAGUUUUACAAAGAAGACCGUACGCCUUCCAUUGUAAACUGAGUUUUUUGUUUAAGAAAAACUAUGAUAUAACUUCUGACGAGUAAACUGGUAAUCACACCAAAAAUGUCGAGCGUUGAAAGUGUGGACAUUGAAUUGGAACACGACAUUGAUGAACAGUACCAGUAUCAGCCAGGUGAAAUUAUACGCGGGAAAAUAGUGAUCCAUUUAGUGCGGAACACACUGAUACAGUCCAUCUUACUGACCAUCAAAGGUGAAGGCGUGUGUUCAUGGGAUGACAUUUAUAAUGGUACUCAAGUGUCGAAUGAAAACUACAUUGAUGCAUCACAGACUGUGUACACCUCAAAAGAUGUCUCCUAUCUGGAUACUGGGUAUCAUCGCCUUCCCUUUGAGUACCAACUCCCCGAUAACAUACCCUCGUCAUUUAUCGGGAAAUUCGGAAGUGUCACAUACAUUCUUAAAGCAAUUGUUCAAGGGGAACGCAACAGCCAACCUUCUAUAGCAACCGAGCCAUUCCUUGUUGCCAGGAAGUUCAUUCUUCCAGACGACAUGAGCCAACCUCAAUCUUUCGAGGAAUCAAAGACUUUUUUCGCUAUGUGUUCAUGGGGCAAACUCACGAUCAACAUGCAGUUGAGUAAAAUGGGAUACGUACCCGGCGAGGAUAUAUGUUUGCAAGCAGAGGUUAAGAAUCGAAGCCCGCUGAGAGUGACUGCCAUUCAGGGGUCGCUGAUAAUGAACAGUUCGUACCUCGCGCAGAAACAAAGACAGUUAUUUAAGCAAAUCGUUAACAAACGUCGAGAUGAUUUUGAGCUUGAGGAGGGCGAAGAUCGUAGAUGGCAACAUGUGAGAAUCGGUGUCCCCCCGUACAUUCCGGAAUCUGCUUUGGCGUGUUGUGAUAUUAUCGAUUUAUCGUACGUUUUUCAAUUCCGGGUUGAAUUAAUGGGCGGAAAAGAGUUAAAAAUAGAAGUUCCGAUAAUUAUCGGCUCAAAUCCUAAGGGGUUGGAAAUUCCAGCGGAUUAUGAAAAAGACGUGAAUAUUCAUUGGACAAGAGGUCGACAGGAUGUUACCCAAGAUUCAAUGAAGGAACAACAAGAACUUAAGGACAAAUGGAUCGUAGAAUCUCCCGAAUUUCGAAAAACUGACACGCAAGUUAUGAACCCGUUGUUCGUUGGUGAAAAUAAUCAUAUGGGUAAUGGAGAGAGCUCUCCAACGAGGAAAAAGUCUGGGCACCAUGAUUUUGACGAUAUAAGAGAUUUUACCAAGAUGUAAUAUAGAGCAACUUUUUGUGUAUGAUAAAUGUGACUUAUGAACUUCAAAUGUACUUGUAUAAAGAUAUGUACAUGUAUGUUUUUAAAGUAAUAUCAAUGAGUCGCUUGUUUUAAGACUUUGUGGGCAACAAAAAUUGCUUUGGAACAAUUAUUCACUUACCUUGUUUACAAAUAUACAAAGAAACAUUAAAAAUAUAUUGUCACAAUUUGUUUCACAAGCCUUUAUAUAUUCAAAGAUGUGAUUUUGUUUUUUUGAAUCUUACCAAUUUCAUCAUAGUUUUCAUUAAUAAUUUAAUGUAAAAAAUGUUGUUAUUUUCUAAUAAAUCAGAAAAUUUACAUAAUUGUGAAUAAUAACAACAAAUUAUGCACAUGCAGUUAAGAAAACACAUGCAUAAACCUUAGAUCAAAGAUGUGCAUGUUUGAUUGAAAUGCAAUAUGUAAACUUGUUUUUGAUCUUUUAAAGGGGCACUAGACACCAGAUGGUGCAAAAAUUGGCAAUUACAGUAUUUCCUAAAAAAACACCUAGAAUUGUCAAUGCGAGCUAGAAGGAGGUCGAUAAUACAUCACUUUACAUGAUUAAAAUAAUAAACGCACCAGUCAUGUUGCUGUCUCAUCUGUGUUUCCCCAUUUCAAAUAACCAAUAAUGGUUUCCAAGUUUAAAUCAUAUCUGAGUACAGAUAAAUAUAUACACUAUUUUUAAACUUACUGGGAUUUAUGUGGUAGACAACCUCAGUUAAUUUCUAAUUGGAAAAAUGUGCAAAAAGUUUGUAAGCAAUGUGAAACUUCAGUAAAUAAGAUUCAAUGCUUUAUACACAAUGAUGUCUAUUUUAUUAAGUUUUUGAAAAUUUUCUUUUUUUCUUGCAAUUUUAUCAUCAGGUGUCCAGCCCCUUUAAUAAUGAUAAUAUUAUUCGAGCAUGAAAUUGUACUCAAACUGCAUUCCUUUUAUACAUUCCUGGUGUAAGAUUUCAAUUCAUUGAAAAGGUAAUUUCAGUUCGAUUAUUCAAGGGGAUUUAAUUCUAAGCAUACUUCAUUACUUACAGUCGUUUGUAUACUACCAUAAUACUAUUAAUAACAUUUUGAAUUUGAAUAUAUAAAUCAGCACAAAACCAUGACAAUGUUUUGAAUAAAUACUAUAUCUUAUGAUGCAAUUAUUUUUGUAUACAAAUCUUAAACGGAAUAAAAAACAAAAUCUGUAAUCUUA